UUUCUUAGCAUAUUAAAAAAUUAUUUAUUUAGAAAGUUAAUUUUAAUUAUUCAUUGAUAAAAAUGGCUGUAAUAUUUACACGUUUUGUAAAUAUACAAAAUGCAAUAAAUAAUAAUAAUUUUGGUUCUCUUAAAAAUACAUGGAAUAUUGUACAAUAUUCGGGUGUUAUUUUUAAAUCAUAUUGUGUAAAUAAUUUAAAAAAUAAUAUUUCUUUUGAUAACUCUAAAAAGGGAAAAAAAAUUAGUAAAGUUAUGAAAAUAUAUCUAGAACGAUCUAGAGAAUAUCAGAAUUUUAUACGAAAAGAAACAUUGGAAUAUAAUAUUGGAAAACGAAAUUUAGCAAAAAUGAUGGGUGAAGAUCCUGAUAAUUUUACAAAAGAAAAUAUUAAAAAUGCAAUUAGUUAUUUGUUUCCAUCUGGAAUAUAUGACAAAGAAGCUCGUCCUAUGAUGGCUGAUCCUGAAGAAUUAUAUGCACGUGAAAAGGAAGCAGAAUUUAAUGAAGAUGGUAGACCACAUCAUUUUUUAUAUUAUACUAUUAAACCUAAUUAUUACGAAAUACUUCAUAAAAUGGUAGAAUCAAUAACCUACUUAAAUAAAAUAGAAGAUAAGUUUCUGUUAAUAAAUCACAAAAUUGAUGAAGACAAAAAAAUAGAUUUGAAUGGAUCAGACUGGUUAGAAAAAUCUAAAUUAGAAAAUAUAUUGCUUGAAAAAUUGUCAGAUUCAGAAUAUGAAUAUUUUAUAAAAAGUAUGCAAAGAUUAGCUGAUCAUCCUGUAUCAAAACAUGUGGAACCUUUUAUUAUGGAAUAUAGAAAAUCAUUAACAAAAACCAAUGAGAAUAUUGAAUUGCCAAAACCUCAAUAUGAUAACGAUAAUAGGCCUUUUGUGCUUAUUGAAAAAUGUCAAAGGAAAAGUUCAAUAGGCCAGGUUAAAGUAAUAGGAAAUGGAUCUGGAAAUAUUACUAUUAAUGGACAGGAUAUCACAUAUUUUAGCGAUAUGUAUUGUCGUGAACAGAUCAAUGAUGUAAUCGAGUAAAGCGAUAGCCGAGAAGGAUAGAGACGAAAUCAUUCGCAGACCUUGAAUACGCCGAA